AUGAAUGUAAGUUUGCAGAUGAUGCAGCAGCAGCAUGACAUUUAUGAGAGUAUGCAGCUUCCGCGGCUGGAGAUGAUGACAUUUGACGGCAAUCCCCUUAAGUCUUGGGCAUUUGUUAACUCCUUUGCUAACACAGUUGGGUGUACUCAGGCCUCAGACCAGGCUAAGUUGGCAAGACUGUUGCAGUGUUGCAAAGGAAAAGCGUACCAGGUGAUUGAAUGUUGUGCAGCCAUGCAGCCUUCACAAGGUUACGCUCGUGCCAAGUCUUUGCUGGAGCAAAGGUUUGGAAAUGACUAUGUGGUUGCUGAAGCAUGGGUCGAAAAGGUUAUUGGUGGGCCACAGAUCAAGGCCAGUGAUGCGAAGGGCCUCCAAGAGUAUUCGGACGACCUCAGAAGUUGCUAUGAAACAUUGAAUGCCAUGGACAAGCUGAGUGAGGUUGGCAAUCGUAGAUGUGUUGUGAAACUUGAUGAGAAAUUGCCACUUUAUCUGCAAAACAGAUUCAGAAAGAUAGCAAAUGAGAUGCACGUAAAUCGGUCUCGUUAUCCCAGUUUCAAGGAGUUUGCAAAGAUUUUUGACACUGCGUCAAAGGAAGCCAAUGACCCUGUCUUUGGGAUUUCUGCAAGAGCUAAAGCCACGUCAGUAGUGUAA